UUACGAUUUAUUCUCUCCAUCCACUCACAUACAACAAACACAUCCUCCUCUUUCGAAUACAAUUAUUCGUCCAUUUUGUUUUCCUGUUUCUCUUUCUCGUGAAGAAGAAACAUGCUACAUAGACCCAGGCCCAUCCCAGCGUCGAUGAGAUUGUCUAAAAUUCCCAUGUCAUCUACACAGAAUUCAUCGAAAUCGAUAAAAUCAGAAGGUGCAACACUCAGACGUCUUCUGAACUCACCGACUACUUGUCUUCUUCGUCAAGUUGUUGAUAAUGACGAAACGGUGAUUGUUGAGACUACAGAUCCAGGAGAAGACGAUUGUCGAAGAGGAAAAGAAGAGGAGAGAGGAAAGCAAAUGUCAAUGACAAUCGAAGAAGAAGGUUAUGAGGAGUGCACCAAUGAAGAAGGUGAAAUGACAACAAUUCAACCCUCUCCUUCUAUAUCUUCUACAAAUUCCACAUCACUUCUAGUCAAUAAUGUUGUCAAAUCUACGUUGAAUGAAAUUCCUGUCAGAUUCCUGACCACACAGUCAUCUUCUAAGCCUGUUAAUAUCCUACCAGCGAAUGAUGCUAUACAAAGCUUGUCAACAAGUACACCACGUGGUGCUCCACCUCGAAGUGUAUCAUUCCGACCGAUAUUACCAGCUGAGAGUACUCCCUCAACAAGCCUACGAAAUCCAUGUAUUCUCUCCAACUCCACUUUACCCACACACUUUGGUUACGUUCAUCUGACACGAGUACAACAAUAAAUAUUACCUUCCCAGCAGGUGUGAGUAGUCUUACUGACCUGACGAGUGUUCUAGCUCAGAGUGCUGCUUUAAUGAAUUGUGCGACGAGGGAUAUUAUUAACAAUCAACAUCCUGGAACUAUAUGCUGCACACCAUCUGUCCCUGAAAAUACCACAGACGA